GGGCGGCGGGAGGGAAUGGACGAGGGCGGGAUCCAGGAGGAGCCGCCCUCCUCGGCGGAGGCGCGGUCCCUCAGGCCGACGCGGUCGGGCGGCGGCGGCCCGCGGUGGGUGGACGGCAGCGAGGUCGACUCCUCCGAGUCCACGCACCCGUCGCUCGAGGACGAGCGCUCGCUCCCGGGCAUCUCCACCGCCGACGACGCCGACUCCGGCGGGGCCCCGCUGUCGCGGAGGUUCUCCUCCGGCUUCCGCCGCAGGCUCGGGAAGCGGCCCAAGCGGGUCGACUCCCUCGACGUCGAGGCCAUGUCCGUGCGCGGCGCCCACGGCCACGGCACCACGGACAUGUCGUGGAUGGGCACCGCCGCGAUGGCGUUCCAAACCCUCGGAGUCGUCUACGGCGACAUGGGCACGAGCCCUCUCUACGUCUUCAGCGACGUGUUCAGCAAAGUUCCCAUCAAGUCCGAGGUGGAGAUCCUGGGAGCGCUCUCGCUCGUCAUGUACACCAUAGCGCUCAUCCCAUUCGCGAAGUACGUCUUCAUAGUGCUCAAAGCUAAUGACAAUGGCGAAGGGGGCACGUUUGCACUGUAUUCCUUGAUCUGCAGGUAUGCAAAAGUUAGUCUGUUGCCGAAUCAGCAGCGUGUGGAUGAAGAUAUUUCCAGCUUCCGACUCAAGUUACCUACUCCCGAGCUUGAACGUGCUCUGUGUGUCAAGGAAUGCCUAGAAAAGAAGCCACUCUUCAAAAACGUUCUCCUCUUCCUGGUUCUGAUGGGGACCUCCAUGGUGAUUGGAGAUGGCAUCCUCACUCCAUCAAUGUCAGUUAUGUCUGCUGUCAGUGGUCUUCAGGGUCAAGUUGCUGGGUUUGACACAAAUGCUGUUGUGAUUGUUUCCAUCCUAGUUCUUCUGCUAUUGUUCAGCGUCCAGAGGUUUGGAACUGGCAAAGUGGGAGUCAUGUUCGCUCCUGUGUUGGCUUUGUGGUUUCUUAAUCUGGGCACCAUUGGAAUAUACAACAUCGUUAAGUAUGACAUCUCAGUCGUGAGAGCAUUCAAUCCAAUGUACAUCUACUACUUUUUCGAGAUGAACGGCAUAAAGGCAUGGUCAGCUCUUGGUGGUUGUGUCUUGUGCAUCACAGGAGCUGAAGCAAUGUUUGCUGAUCUGGGCCAUUUUACUGUCAAAUCAAUACAGUUGGCGUUUACUGCUGUGGUAUUCCCUUGCCUGCUUAUUGCUUACAUGGGCCAAGCUGCAUAUUUGAUGAAACACCCACAUGCUGUAGAAAGAAUAUUUUAUGAUUCUGUACCAGACCUUCUGUUCUGGCCAGUAUUGGUGAUAGCUACACUUGCUGCUAUGAUUGCUAGCCAAGCUAUGAUAUCUGCAACCUUCUCUUGCAUAAAGCAGGCAAUGGCUCUUGGUUGCUUUCCUAGGAUCAAAAUAAUCCACACUUCCAAGAAAGUAAUGGGUCAGAUUUACAUACCUGUGAUGAAUUGGUUUCUCAUGGUCAUGUGCAUCAUCAUUGUGGCCACUUUCAGGAGUACUAACGAUAUUGCCAAUGCAUACGGAAUUGCUGAAGUUGGAGUCAUGAUGGUUAGCACUGCACUGGUAACCCUGGUGAUGCUUCUUAUAUGGCAAACCAACUUGUUCCUUGUUCUGUGCUUCCCUAUAGUUUUUGGUGCAAUCGAGUUCAUUUACUUGACUGCCGUUAUGUCAAAGCUGCUAGAAGGAGGAUGGUUACCGCUUGCUUUCUCAUCACUGUUUCUCUGCAUGAUGUAUACAUGGAACUAUGGAAGUGUGCUGAAGUACCAGAGUGAGAUGCGUGGGAAGAUAUCCCUGGACUUUAUUCUUGACCUGGGGUCGACACUUGGCACAGUAAGAGUUCCAGGUAUUGGACUUGUGUACAAUGAGCUGGUCCAGGGAAUCCCAUCGAUCUUUGGGCAAAUGUUGGUCACACUACCAGCAAUGCACUCCACUAUCGUCUUUGUUUGCAUCAAAUAUGUUCCUGUCCCAUAUGUGCCGCUGGAAGAAAGGUUCUUGUUCAGAAGGGUUGGCCAGAAGGACUACCACAUGUUCCGCUGCGUUGCGCGGUAUGGCUAUAAGGAUGUCAGGAAAGAAGACCAUAGCUUCUUUGAGCAUCUUUUGGUUGAAAGCCUGGAGAAAUUUAUGCGGAGGGAAGCUCAGGAGCUCGCGCUUGAGGCGAGCACAAUGGAGGCAGAGCGUGAUGAUGUGUCUGAUGUGCCCGAGGUACCUCCAUUUCCUGCUACUGCUGCUGAGGAUCUGCACGUUCCACUGCUUUCUGAUCAGAGAUUGAGUGAUGAAAAUCGAAUGUCGGGCCCCGAAGGCAGCGUUCCUUUGCUCCCUACUAGCUCCAUCUCCCCAGAAGAAGACCCCAGCUUAGAGUACGAGCUUUCGGCACUGAGAGAAGCCAUGGCAUCUGGAUUCACAUAUCUCUUAGCACAUGGCGAUGUGAGGGCGACGAAGCAAUCAUUCUUCACAAAGAAGUUCAUCAUCAACUAUUUCUACGCUUUCCUAAGGAGGAAUUGCAGGGUUGGCACCGCGGCCUUGAAGGUCCCUCACUCGAACAUCAUGCGUGUUGGGAUGACGUACAUGGUCUGACCAGCACUCUGCUGCGAUUGUGCUGCAAUACUGAAGCUUGUUUCUUUUACCUCGCCGUUGAUGGAACGCGACACCAGCUGGUAGUUCAGGGAUUGUACCGCCACAGUGAACAAACUCACUGUAGCUUCCGGCCAACUGCUCAUCAUUUUAGUUGCAGAAUUGGCCCUAUGUGUACCCAGUUUUAUUCUUGCCAAGCUUUUGGUUGAUUUUAUGUUAUGUAUGCUAUCAACGGAGAUAUGUUGUGUAUGGUAUCGACGGAGAUUUGCAUGGGCAAGAAGAUUGAUUUAAUCUUCUUCAGUCAA